UUUCUUUUUUUUUUUUCUCUGUUUACAUUGACCAUGAUGGACCAUGAAUUAGUUCCUUCUUCUUCUGGUAAUGAGGAUCAAAGACCUGUUAAGAGAAGAGCACGUAUGGCGCUUUCUUGUCAAAGAUGUCGCAAACAUCGUUCCAAGUGUUCUCGUUCUAGACCUGCUUGUGAACAGUGUACAAUAGCAGGUGUCGCUUGCACUUAUCUUGAAGUACCUGGUGAUUUAGAGAGCACUGCCUUACGUGAUCGUUUUGCAGGUCUAGAGAAUCAAAUCCAUUCACUGAUGGAUGAAUUCAGUCAUAUUGAACAACUGGUUCGAACCACAGCACCCUCAUCCCCAACAACAACAACAACAACAACAACAACAACAGAAGACAACACCAUACAGACCCAUUCACUUAAACAUUGGAAAAUACAUCAAUUAGGAACAGCAGGACUCUCCAUUGAUACACACAUGUUUCAUGUCACUGAUAUUUAUUCUACCUUGAUCCAGUUUGCCAAGGACAACACCACCGCAUUGACUCUAUACCCUCAACCUGAUGAACAAAAGAAACCUGUCUGGCUGGUUCGAAAUCAUACCAUUUUCCCUAACGUACGUCUUAGUCAUUUCACCAGUUUACGACCUAAUAUGCAUGAUGGUGAAGAUUCAGACAGUGAAGAUCCUACCUUGUAUAUCAAAAACCCAACCAUUGAAGACACAGAAGAUGAACAAGUGUUGAUGCCUGAACCAUUAUCACCUAUUUUGGUCGAGAAACUAUUGGGGCUCUAUAAAGACUGUUUAUUGUAUGGUGCAGUACAACCUUUUGAUACACUGUUUAAAGAGGCCUUGAUGGAUCAACAGGCAUGGACACCUGCAUUCCAACUCUUGUAUGCCUCUAUUAUGUGCCAUAUGCUGCCCCAUGCUUAUUAUUGGCAUCCAGAGAUCUUUGAGAGUAUGGAUGAAGCAACCUGUGUUCAAUUGUCGGUUCAAUACUACAAAUGGGCUAAACGAUUACUGUCUUCUAUCUAUUUUGAUGUGCCCAGUUUGACCACUUGCCAUGCCAUUUGUAACUUGGUUCUGUAUCAUAUUGAGAAUGGAAGUACGUCUGUGAUCUAUAUUUACUCGGGCAUGGCUGUUCGUAUGGCCUUGUCACUUCAACUGUACCGAGAAGAUGCACUGGAUGCCAUUGCUCAACAUGAAGCCACUAUGUUUCCAGAAGCCUAUCGACCCACUCAAGCCACCAUGAAACAAUAUGCACGAUCCUUACUCUGGUUCAUGUAUUUCCUAGACACAGCCUCAUCCCACUACCACAAUAAGCCCUAUGAGAUCCAUCUAGAUGACCAUGUCAGUACAACCACAUUCUUUAAGCCAACAGACGAAACAACUGAUGAGCAAUCGUUUUUCCAGUUCUUGGAGUUCCAUACCUGUCAAAUCACCCGAGACAUUCGACGUACGAUCUUUACUCACCCUGAAGAACCUCAGACAUCCUAUGAAGCCAUUGAGCGUAUCGAGACGCGUUUAUUAGCAUUUCAGAAACAGCUGCCUACGUUAGACACCGACAUGAGUCUAUGGCAUCGUCGGUGUCUGUUUAAACAAUGGAUUCGACAUCAUGGUCAUUGGAUCUUGAUCCAUCAGAGUUAUUUGCCUACACCCAUGUCUGUUCAACGAUGUACAACAGCUGCCUUUGCACUUGUGGAGCUGUUUGAUCUUUGGAUGGUCAACAUGGAUUGUUAUUUCAGGCCUUGUGUGCAUGAACUUAAACAAGCGUGUGAAAUUCUGUUAUAUCAUGUUGAUCAACAUACGCCAAUUCAACAACAAGCAUUGGAAGGAUUAAUGCGACUGAUUACUGUGUUACUCAAGACACCUGUAGGUGAAAUUGCAAGAACUCGACCUUUUGUUCAACGUGUUUUGAAAGCUAUUCAGAAAUAAAAUAUAUAUGUAUAUAUA